AUGGAACUCAACCGAGAACAUUUUCGCGCCAUAAUUUAUUACAACUUUCAGAGACAAUUAUCGCAACAAGAAUGCCGACGCCACAUCAAACUCAAACGUGGACGGGUGUGUCUUAGCGACGAUCCUAGGCUGGGUGCACCAAAAACGGCAGUCACCCAGGCAAACGUCCAUGCUGUGCGCAAACUCAUCAUUGAAGAUAGACAUGUGUCAUAUCGCGAGAUUGAGGCGUCCUUGAAGAUCUCAAAGACCUCAAUUCAAAAAAAUUUACAUGAAGAAUUAGGAGUAAAGCAGAAAGCAGCCAGGGUUAAUUGGUGUCAAAAAACGCUUGAUCGUUCCAAUUUCGGAAACUCAAAAAAUGUGUACAGCAUUGUUAUUGGUGAUGAAUCGUCAAUUUACUGUUAUGAACCAGAAAAUCGACGACAGUCGGCUGUUUGGGUGUUCCAAGGUGAAGAAACGCCAACAAAAGUCAUCCCGGGUCAUAUUGCAACAAUUCCUCUUAAUGAGCAAAGAACUUUUAGAAAAAUCAACCCCGAAAGAAGAAUCAUUCUCCACCAAGACAAUGCAAGCUCGCACACAGCCCAAAACACAAGGCAGUAUUUAACGGAAGAAAACGUGGAAUUAUUGGACCAUUCUCCAUAUUGUCCCGAUCUAAGUCCUAACGAUUUAUUUACUUUACCGAAAAUUAAAAACAGACUGCGUGGUCAAAGGUUCCAGUCACCAGAAGAAGCAGUUGACGCAUUCAAAAAUGCCGUUUUGGAUCUGCCAGCAAACGGGUGGAAUAGGUGCUUCGGAAAUUGGUUCGAGCGCAUGCAGAUGUGUAUUAAUUUUCGUGGAGAAUACUUCGAAAAACAAUAA